GUUUGGCUCAAAGUGGAGGUGCAGGCUGUGCAGAUACGGGGCUGGAGAGAAGGCCAGUGAAGGUUUUUCGGUCCUUGUUGCUGUGCAGUGCUGGGCUGUUUCUUUUGGCCGAUGACCCGCAGCAAGUCCCUGUUCUUGGCCCACCUGGCGGAGAUGGCGGAACUAUUCGACGACAUGAAACAACACAUGCUGGCAGUGACCCAAGAGAGUUUCAGCCUUUCAGAGAAGGAGCGUAACAUGCUGGUGGUGGCCUACAAGAAUGCUCUCCAUUCACGUCGCCAUGCCUUGCAGAUGAUACCGAGAGAAGGCACCAUGCCAGGCUACAACAGGGAGUAUCGCACCCAAAUUGAGCAGGAGCUGCGGUCCAUUAUCGACGAAAUGCUCAGCUUGCUGGAUGGCCUUAUUCCGCAUGCCGGCGGGGCUGAGGGCAUCAUAUUUUAUCAAAAGACCCAAGGAGAUUACUACCGUUUCAAGUGUGAACUUGAGGAGGGCGAGGCGAAGCAGCGGGCGGCUGAUAUGGCGUUUCAAAUUUACAGUCAGGCAGAGGUCCUUGCGGAACGAGAGAUGCCAGUCACCAACCCGAUGCGCUUGGCGAUUGCAUUGAACUUCUCUAAUUUCAUUGGUGACACCAACGUGCAAGCAGCCCGCAGGAAGGCACGGCGUUCCUAUUCAGCAGCUUUGGCGAAGCUGGAUGAUCUGCGGGAGGACGAAUACAGGGACACCACCCUCGUUCUGCAGCUGCUGCGUGACAUUGCCCAGCCUCCUCUCUGGGGCGACACGGAGAACGAAUGAGG